AUGCGCGGGCGUGGUUUUGAUGGAGAAGAUCCCAAAGCCUCUGAAAAGGGUUCAUCGACGCAACGGAAGCGAGCCUAUCUCUUGCACUCCCGUGCGAAGCUUCCGAGAACUACAUCUCCUCCCCCGUUCGCCUUACAAGACCCUUGCAUCCGCGAUCUUGAUCGAUCAUCGAGAUUCUAUCUUGAUUAUUAUAAUGUAUGCGUCGCCAAGCUGUACAUUGUAUACGACAGCGAGAGCAAUCCAUUUAGGAGUUUACUCGCUUGGGCUGCCAAUGAUUCAAUUUUACAGAAAUGUAUCAUCGCUGUUGCUGCACGGCAUUUUGCCAAUACAGGCCAGUCGUUUGAGUCAUUUGACCAGGCUACUGACGCUUUAUCCCCUCGGUUUGUCAAUGCCAACUUGGACGCGCUUUAUUUCAAACAGCAGACUAUCAAGGCAUUGAUAUUAUCAUUGACCCGUCUAGAGUCCUUCCAGAAGGACGAGUUGAUGGCAACUAUUCUCCUUCUCAUCUUUCUUGAUAUCCUCGAGUCUGGCAUCGGUGGCUGGAAGCAUCAUCUUCAUGGUGCGGAAGCUCUCGUUGGUCUUUCUCGCUCUCUGCUGGGCCCUGGGUCGACUAGCCAUGGCGACCGCAGCCCGGGCGAGAUGGGAGAGGAGACAAAGCAAUUCGUUGCCAGACAGCUUUCGCUUGUCAGUGUCUCAGCCAUCGGAGGUGCGCUCUCGGGUUCGAAGUCGAGCCCGCAAUUAGUCGUGGGUAUCCACGAACGCGGGCACCAUGAAUCCAUCCUUAGAAGCUUUCUAGGGUGCCCGGAAUUCCUUCUGGGAGCUAUCCGUUACUUUUCCAGUCAAAGGCACGAGAUUGGGAAUCCAUAUCUGCAUGACGAUAGCUCGAUCCACGAGCAUGUACAGAACACUUUGACCAUGCUUGAGUUGACGGUAGAAUUCGAUUGUCUGGAAUGGGCAUCGGACUUGAUGCAAUUCAAGGGCGCCUCAACAGUAGAGACUCAGAAGCUUUCUUCUCUGGCUCAAGCAUACAAAAACGCCACCGUGCUCUAUGGAACCCGAGUCUUCCGUGCUUUGCAGACGUCCACCGGGGUCAGAGCACCUCCCAACAAGACGUUGAUAUCGCAAUUACUUGAGGUGAUUGGCUUUCUCCAAUGCGACGAGGCUCUGUUCAAGUGCCUUCUGUGGCCGACCUUUGUUGCCGGGCUUGAGUGCCAGGCUCAUAGCCAACAACAGCAGGUCAUUGGGUAUCUAAAGCGGCUUUGGAAUGUGACAUGUUGUUUGAACGUGAUCAAUGCUUCCUGGAUUCUGCAAGACUACUGGAAGCGAAAGCAUGGCGAUGGCAACCUGGCAACGGCGCACUCUGAAAUCCAUGUACUAGAACAAGGCUGGCUGCUUAUUUGA